GCCACAAUGCUACAUUCCUCGGACAGAGGGUGCUCCAGGAUCCGGUCCUCCUGAAUCCCGUCAGGCUGUGGGGUGCCAAGAUGGCGGCGUCCAUGGGCAGGUUGCUGAAGGCAGUGGAGCAGCCCCUGGGCAGGGGUCUGAGCGCCAACCGGCAGGUUUGCCAGGGCCUAGAAGCACUGCUGAGCCCUGUAAAGCUGUGUGCCUCUGCUGCCGUUAUUACUGUGAGAACAAAGAAGAGACAUUAUGUUCCACCACGUAAACAGGAUAGCACUGUUGAUCAGGAGAAAGCAGCUCGGGCUGCAGGACUGGUGAUUCGGCAGCAAUACAUGGAACGACCCAUCAACAUAUCGUGUACAGCUGGAAUAUUUGAUCCAUAUAUCCCACCUGAAGGUGAUGCUCGCAUGUCCUCCCUAACAAAGGCAGGAUUUAAACAACGUGCAGAGCAGAUCAAGCAAAGUGCGGCCUCACAGCUUGCAAUCCGAAAGGUGAAAGAAUAUGAUCAAGAAUUCCGCUCAAAGGACUUUGCCUCAAAGGCCCAAGAUAUUUACAUCGAGGCACACAACUGCCUUGUGAGUUUUGACAAAGUAUUACUUCACAAGUUGGUAACGGAGCGCUGUUACCCGGAUAUGGUGCGUGGCAACAGGUACAAGACCAUUCGCUGGAGAUUUCUGCAGUCGCUGGAAGCACCGAGGCUUGUGCAUGUCCGAUGCCCUGACAUGGUCAGCAAAGGCAACCUAUACGGUCAGGUUACUGUCAGAUUUCACACUCAGCAGACCUUGGCAAUUUACGACCGUUUUGGUCGGCUAAUGUAUGGCAAUGAAGAUCUAGCGAAAGAUGUUCUGGAGUAUGUGGUGUUUGAGAGACAUUUAGUUAAUCCCUAUGGCUUGUGGAGAAUGCAUGGGAAGAUAAUACCUGCGUGGGCCCCUCCCAAAGACCCUAUCAUUAAGACCAUUAUGAUCCCUGGACCCAAACUCGAGCCAUGGGAAGAGAUUGAGGUGAAGAAUAUUGAAAUCCCCAAACCUGAAUCCGUACAAUGGAGCAAGUGAGGAACAGCGCAGAGUGAGAGAGACUGAAAACUGUGUUUGAGCUGUGCUGCUUUCCCUUGGAGUUUUAUGUUUCAUUCAAUACAGUGGACAUGAGUUGAA